AGAGAGAGAGCUAAAUUAAGUGGAGUGGGAUGCUCUGGAUGUCGAAGCAGUUCUUUUGGGGGGGGGGGGUUUCCUCUCGCUCGGCGACACUCCUUUUGCUCUGUUACGCUGUCUCAGCAGAGCUGAUCAUAGGAAAGAAUUCAGCCGACCACAGAUGGAUCACUGGCACAUUGCACGGAUGAAAUCACACGAUCGCCACCAAAUCAUCCUUGAGAUGAUGAUGAUGCAUUGGACGGAACGCUAACAAGGACUGAGUCAAAAAUCAAACAACAUACGGACACUGCUGGACCGACUUAAGGCAGCAUGCGGCUUGUCUGAGAACGGGACUAAAUAUAGCAAGUGAAUGAUGAUCCUGGUCGAAAAUUGCAACAAUUCAAGGGGACGCAUCCUCCAAGAGUGCAAGCAAAGAAGUGAAACUCGACUCAGUUGGCUAGUUUGUCUAUUUCAGUUAGCGAUGAUUUACCUUCCGUCGUAUUUGCCCCUCGCUUGUGGUGAGCGACAAUGGAUCAAGAGCACAUUGAGCAUCAAUGAAAAGAACUACUUUUUCUUUCGAUGGGCCCGAAUUCACUUGUAGUCCGCGUGGAGGUGCAAUGCAUAGGCUUUCAAGUGGCGCACCAGCUCCCUCGGGACAUACAUGGCGUUUCCAGUGUUCGGUGGGAGUGGACUGUAGCGACGCAGAGCCUCGCUGUAUCUGGUUGGCGGUAUUAAGAAUUCUUUCGCCACAGCCAACCCCGAUCUCGUCACCAAGAAAACCGGCAUCCAUGCGGAUAAUAAAGCACAGACGUUUGUCUUGGGCUAAAGGACUAAAAGAUAACUUGGUGUCAUCCAAUGAGCAUCGUCGCCGACCACUAUCAUCUGGCAACAUGGAAGGCAUGUCAUGGUGUGGCCUGCAGACCGUUUACCUCCAGAAGGACUUGCAGGGAUUCGGUUUCACUCUGCGACAUUUCAUAGUUUACCCACCGGAGUCAUACCUCCACAACUCCAAGGUUGAAGAAAAUGGAAACGCAGUGAAAACAUGUGGUCAGCAGUGUCAUUUGGAGGCUGUAGACACCAUUUUUGUGAAGAGCGUGAAAGAAAAUAGUCCUGCUCAUCGCGCUGGGCUGUGCACCGGUGACAGGCUAGUCAAAGUCAAUGGGGAAAGUAUUCUAGGAAAAACCUACUCUCAGGUGAUUCGACUCAUUCAAAACAGCGAAAACAAUUUGGAGCUAUCUGUCAUGCCAAAAGAUAAAGAUGUCCUGCAAUUGAUAAGUGCGUACUCUCAGGAGGCCUGCUUCAGAGUCAAUGACACAUUUUCAAUCAAGGACCUCCAUGAGCCCCCCCUUCGUUAUUGUUCUUCCACCAAUCCAAACUCCAUCGCUUCACAGCUAAGUCACAAAUUUAGUAGCGUCCUGGACAACUGUCAGUGCAGACCCAACCCGACAACCUCACCAAUGGACAGGCGCCACGUUGUUGCUUCAACAAACCACUGGACGAAAACACCUGAAGAGGUCAGCGAUAACUUUGUCACAACAGCGAGGCACCGUGGACGCUCCUCCUCAGCCAUCAGUGCACUCGACUUUCACUUUGCCAACCACAACGCUGCCAUCGCCUCGGCAUCUCCACCACGCAAAAGCAGUCUGCCCGCCUCUGGUCAUAUUCAUACUGAUUCACUCUACCACCGAGCCUUGUCAGACUGGUACUGCUGCCAAGCUGAGGUUGCUGAGCACCCGGCCACUCGCCGUUGCAGUAUCCCUCAGGGAGUGUACUCUGGCCCGACAUAUGCUGCCACUGUCUCUGCAGAGACCAAAAGGCCAGAGACCGUCUUGUCUCAUCAUCAAACCGCUGCAGCUUUUCAUCAUUCCUACUUGCUUGGGGAAUGGAGCGGUAUUUCCAGAGCGGGAAGUAUGCCAUGCUCGGAGAGUUUGCUGGCAGCGUAUGCAAAAUAUGAGUACAACUAUGGCCGCUCUGUUGAAACACUAGAAAAAGCCUCUGCAAUGGUCCCGCUGUACUCAGACAGUUCUUCAAAAUUCAGCCAACAAAACGUUCAGAAAGACACAGGAGAGAAUGAGCAUCAAAUCAAAAAAGCCACAGUCUCCUCCACGGUGUCUCCUUGUAGGAAGCAAUCAGGUCAGCAGGUAGCUGAACCUCAAACAAGGCGAAUGACAGACGACGAGUUGGCCAGUUACAAAAAUGGCAGCCCAACAAUGUCUCGCGAAAGUCACCGUCUCCCCCAACCUGCACAGACCUUAAAAGAGCCAAGCAAAUGUGGCCCAGACCUCAGUUCCAGUCCAGACGGCAGAAGGAAUGCUGCCAUCGGUGAAGUACAACAGGUGACACAAUCACAAUGGACGAUCACCCAACCUGCAUCAGAGGACAGAACUCAGAUGGGGUGCAAUAGAGAUGUCAUCUCGCCGAUCUCUCUAAAGCGGCCUUUGUGUCACAGGACCCUUGCCCAAACUCUUAUAAGUCCCCAAUCCCCUGAGUCAUUGAGUGAAAGCCCCUCUCCUGUUUCUGUUGGUCCUGGCUACAGUCGCAACACAAAUGGCAGCCUGGUGCAGCAGGCGUACAACUCCCUGUCCUCCAUUCCCUUCAUAGGCAGCAUCAAAGGACGCCGUUCUUCUUACCUUCUGGCCAUUUCGACAGAGCGAUCGAAGUCUUGUGAUGAGGGUCUUAACACUUUGAAAGAAGAGGGCCAUGUUUUGACGAGACUACCAAAAAGAGUCAAGAGUUUUUUCAUUGACGGGUCCCUUGAGAGUUUAAAAGCUCAGGAGGAGGCACGGUCCAAGCGCCACUCCACCUCGGAACUGGGGAGCAUCACUUUCAGUGACAUCUGCAAGGAGGGCUGGCUACACUACAAGCAGAUUCUCACAGACAAGGGGAAGAAAGUUGGUAGCAGUAUGCGGACUUGGAAACGCCUCUUUUUCGUGCUUCGUUCCCGUGUACUUUUCAUCUACAAAGACAAAAGGGAGGCUAUUCUUCACGGGACAGGGCCUGGUUCAGGUCUGGAUGAGCAUCCCCCAAUCAAUAUUUGUGGCUGCCUUAUCGAUAUCGCUUAUCGCGAAACAAAGCGCAAGCACACCCUGAGACUGAUGACCCAGGACUUCUGCGAAUAUCUACUCCAAGCUGAAAACAGGGAUGAGAUGUUGGCAUGGAUCAAGGUUAUUACAGAGAACAGCAAGACCGACAAUGAGGAGAUUGGUUCCUCAAGACAAGCGCUUAUCAACAAGAAGCUGAAUGACUACAGAAAACAGAGUCUUACAGGUAACAAACCAGAUUCUUCCCUUAAAAGUCACCGGAUGAUGCCUCCCUUUCUUUUGGCUAAGAAUGACAACACCACAGCCAAUCGAUCAUCCAAAAGCGUUGACAACAAGACCCCGUGGGGCAUCAAUAUAAUGAAGAAGUCCAAGAAGACGGACAAUCCGAAGGCUUUUGGCGUGCGCCUUGAGAACUGUCAGCAGGCCGUACACCACAAAUUUGUUCCGCAGAUUGUGGAGAUGUGUUGUGGUGUGGUCGAAGCGACGGGUCUAGAUUACACCGGAAUUUACCGGGUGCCAGGAAACAACGCCAUGGUGUCCAACCUGCAAGAACAUCUCAAUAAGGGUUUUGAUAUCAACACUGCUGAAGAGAGAUGGCAGGAUUUGAACGUAAUCAGCAGUCUAUUGAAGGCAUUUUUGAGAAAACUGCCUGAGCCGCUGUUUACUGACGACAAGUACAUCUACUUCAUUGAUGCCAAUCGGAUAGAAGACACACGGGACCGCCUGAAGACUUUGAAAAAACUGAUUCAUGACCUACCAGAUCACUAUUACCACACCCUCAAGUUCCUGAUGUGUCACCUGAAAAGGGUGGCAGAUCACUCGGAAAAGAAUAAGAUGGAGCCAAGAAACCUGGCUCUGGUGUUUGGGCCGACACUGGUGAGGACAUCAGAGGACAACAUGACAGAUAUGGUCACCCACAUGCCUGACCGCUACAAGAUAGUAGAGACACUAAUCUUACACUGUGACUGGUUCUUCUCUGGCGGAGAGCUUGAUAAGCAACAGAACGCUCCAGAUGAGGAAAUGCAGCACAUGCCAAACAUUGACCAUCUGUUGUGCAACAUUGGGAGGACAGGUAUGCCAGGAGAAACGUCAGAUUCCACCACCAGCGAUUCAGUUAAGGCAAAGCGUUGUUUGAGCUCAUUGAAAGACCCGAACGCCAGGGAGACCCUGUCCAAGUCCUUCGCCUCCGCCGUGACCCGCAAACGUAAAAAAUGUCCCAGUGGCCACCUCCCAGACGGCAGUUCAGAUGAAGGCUCUGUGCACGGACCGAUGAAAGCCAACAAUUAUGGGCAAACGGAACAAAUGGAUGGUAAAGAAAUGAUUGGCAGAGACAAUGCAGAACAAUCUGUUCUCGCACAAAUGAGCACGGUUGACAAUCGAAAUGGGGUAACUCGAACCACCGUGGGAAAAUGUGAAAGCUAUGUGGUAGAAAAGGAAUUUCAAGCAGCCAAGGAUACAAAGUCUGACAAGCAGAACACAACUGUACUAGUUUGUCCGAAGAGCUUCCGCUACUCAUGCAACCAGAUAAAUAACACAUACCCGAGACCUUUACCGACCAGUCCUCAAAAUCUGACACGGGAACGUUCCAAACUCCCCAUCUGGAUUUUCCCAACGAGGCUUCGAGACCUCUGCCAAGCUUCAAAAAACCAAAGCAAUCUGCAACUAGUCUGGAGUGAGCCAGUGCCAAUUUUCAAAAAGAAAUCCAGAGGCCGAAGGACUAAGGCAUUGUCCUUGAACUUUGACAUCCAACUGGAUGAUAUUGUGAGAGAACGGAAAACAGAGGAUGUGGAAAUCAUCACAGCUCACGAACGAGACACUCCUCAUCAUAAAUCACAAAUAAGCCCAGCCCCUGGUCUUGUCCGGGGGGAAAACUCUUACUCGUUGUUAGUUGAUCACAAUUUCCUAUCAUCUUCCUCUGUUGCUCGACGGCGGUCAGGUAUGGCUACACUGGACAAGAGGAAAGCCUGGCAUCGCCACUCCGUGUUUGUUUAACUCAAGCACAGCUCACAUUCACACACCCGUCCCUUCCCGCAUAUAUAUAUAUAUAUAUAUAUAUA